UCAUCGCUCGAUAUUUUGUGUUUCUGCAGAACUCUUGAAAUACUCUCUCAAGAUGCAAAUCUUUGUGAAAACCCUUACUGGCAAAACAAUCACCCUUGAGGUGGAAAGCUCGGACACCAUUGACAAUGUCAAAGCCAAGAUCCAGGACAAGGAGGGUAUUCCCCCCGAUCAACAGAGGUUGAUCUUUGCUGGCAAACAGCUCGAGGAUGGCAGGACUCUUGCAGACUAUAACAUCCAAAAGGAGUCAACUCUCCACUUGGUUCUUCGCCUUCGUGGUGGCAUGCAAAUCUUUGUGAAAACUCUUACUGGGAAAACCAUCACUCUAGAGGUUGAAAGUUCUGAUACCAUUGACAAUGUCAAAGCCAAGAUUCAAGACAAAGAGGGUAUUCCCCCAGACCAGCAGAGGUUGAUCUUCGCUGGUAAACAGCUAGAGGAUGGAAGGACCCUUGCUGACUACAAUAUCCAAAAGGAGUCAACCCUUCACUUGGUGCUUCGUCUUCGUGGUGGCAUGCAAAUUUUUGUGAAGACCCUUACUGGAAAAACCAUUACCCUGGAGGUGGAAAGUUCUGAUACCAUCGAUAAUGUGAAAGCAAAGAUCCAGGACAAAGAAGGCUUUUUCCAUCAACUAAGGUUCAUGUCUGCUCUUGACGUUCCUACUGCCUUUGAUCCUUUUGCUGAUGCAAAUGCUGAGGACUCAGGAGCUGGUUCAAAGGAGUACGUGCACAUCCGUAUUCAGCAGCGCAACGGUAGGAAAAGCCUGACAACUGUCCAGGGGUUGAAGAAGGAAUUCAGCUAUAACAAGAUACUCAAGGACCUUAAGAAGGAGUUCUGCUGCAAUGGCACUGUUGUCCAGGACCCUGAAUUAGGGCAGGUUAUUCAACUUCAAGGUGACCAGCGGAAGAAUGUCUCCACCUUCCUUGUUCAGGCUGGUAUCGUGAAGAAGGAAAAUAUAAAGAUCCAUGGUUUUUAAGCUGCAGCAGCAAGUAUUCCCUAUAUCGGACAUAUUCCUCUACUGUGUCCAAUUAGAACAUAAUAUCAUAUAAUCUCUGUUGGUUAUCUGACUAUAUGCAUCUGGCGUUUGUUCUUCUAUCUACCAUCUGGUUUGUGUAACUCUGGACGACUAUGGAAUCUAUGACAGUUUGUUUUCGAUUAGUUAUUGGUAUCCAAAAUUAAACUAGUUCUAGUAUG